GUUUAUAUUAGAUUCACCAAUCACCGCCUCUUUUAGUUUGGCACGCAAUUGUUUCUCUUCCCCCUCUUUGCUCGAACUCCGACAUCAGCAGCGGGAAAAAAGGAAACAUCCGCUCUCUUCUGCGGCCUCGCCUUUGAUCACUCCUCCUGUCUUUUCCAAAGAUAAGGAUUUGGGAUUUUAGAGAGGGAGAGAAGGGCUCGUAGGUGAGGUCUCCAAUGGCGUACGUGGACCACGCGUUCUCGAUCUCGGACGAGGACAUCAUGAUGGAGACCUCGUACGUGGUCCAGAACCGGCCCCCCGUCAAGGAGAUCGGCCUCGCCGUCUCCCUCCUCGUCUUCGGUACCCUCGGCAUCGUCGUCGGCAUAUUCAUGGCCUCCAACAAGGUCGGCGGCGACCGAGCCCACGGGGUUUUCUUUGCGAUUUUGGGGUCGAUACUCUUCGUACCGGGGUUCUAUUACACGCGGAUCGCGUACUUCGCGUACAAGGGGUACAAGGGCUUCUCCUACGCCAACAUACCGCCAGUUUGAGGGGUUUUCUUUUCUUGCUCUCUUUUGAUGUCUUGAUUUGGUAGCUCUUUCGGGGAUCUUUUGAUACAAAGCAAAGUUAUAAAACAUAACUAAUUCAAGAUACUGGAUACUGUUGUUUAUAGCCCUUUUUAGGGAAAUUGUAACAAUCUAUUAAAUAAAUAAUGUUUAUAGUGAAAAUCUUUGGGCUUGUAGCCGCUACUGUUUA